UCCUGCCUCCGCCUCCUGGCGCGGGGAGGGCUGCCCGUUCCUUACCGUGAGCCCUGCUGCUUCCGGGCCCCUAAAGAGUACAAGGGAGAGUGUGGAAGUUACCGAGGGUGCAGGCCCCGGGCGCGCGUGAGUAGAGUUUGAGGGGCCAGACACUAGCUAUCUGCAGGCCACCUCCGCGGAGGCCUUUCCCCCUCUCCGAACUUGGGCUCCUUUUGGUUCCGCCGAGACCCACGACGGUUCCGCCCCCUUCUUCCUUGUCAUUGAUGUUGUUGUUCUUGUCAGUGCCGCAGCCCCGACCCUGAUCGUGCACAUCUUCUCCUUCCUGCCGGCGCCCGACCGGCUACGGGCCUCGGCCUCUUGCUCGCACUGGCGCGAAUGCCUUUUCUACCCCGCUCUGUGGCCCCAGCUCCGCAUCUGCCUCCGCGUCUCGCCUGCUGAGCAGCCUCGGCUCGAAUUCCUCAUGCGCAAGUGCGGCUGGUUCGUGCGAGAGUUGCGCGUUGAGUUCGCUGCUGAGAACUACCUGAGCGGCGGCGGCGGCCCAGGGGACGGAGGGGGAGCAGACUCCGGGACUGGAGGGGAAGAAGGCGAGGCCCUGCAGCUCUCAACCCGUUGGCUGGAAGUGCUGCGCACCUACUUGGAGCUGGUGCUGUGCGUGCUGGUCAGCAUCCGGAACAACAGGAACCUCCAGAAGUUUAGUCUUUUUGGAGACAUAAGUGUUCUACAGCAGCAAGGAAGUUUAUCAAAUACAUACCUCAGCAAGGUGGACCCUGAUGGCAAAAAAAUUAAACAAAUUCAGCAGCUGUUUGAAGAAAUACUGAGUAAUAGCAGGCAACUGAAAUGGCUGUCCUGUGGGUUUAUGCUGGAAAUAGUAACUCCAACAUCACUGUCAUCUCUCUCUAACUCUAUUGCCAACACCAUGGAGCAUCUGAGUUUACUGGACAACAAUAUUCCUGGUAACAGCACUCUUAUCACUGCAAUUGAACUAGAGAGAUUUGUGAAUCUGCGCUCACUUGCCCUGGAUUUUUGUGACUUUACAGCUGAGAUGGCAAGAGUCUUAACUGAUAGCAACCAUGUGCCUUUGCAGCGACUGUCUCUCCUGGUCCACAAUGUUUCUGUGAUGCACAAAUCUCUGGACAACAUGCCAAAUGAUGAGCAUUGGAAAGCCCUGUCACGGAAGAGUACCAGCCUUCGGGUCUAUAUAAUGGCUUUUGAUAUCAAGAGCGAAGAUAUGUUAAAGAUUCUGAAACCCAGUAUACCACUAGAGAGGAUUCAUUUUGACAGCUACAUCACUUGUGUUUCAGGGGCUAUUGUUGAUCUUAUAUCCAGGCAGUAUGACAAGUUCCUUACUCAUUUUAUACUAAUGAAUGAUGUGAUUGACACUUCGGGUUUUCCAGAUCUUAGUGACAACCGAAAUGAAGAUCCACUGGUUUUAUUAGCAUGGAGGUGCACAAAGCUUUCUCUUCUGGCAAUUCAUGGUUACACAGUGUGGGCACACAACCUCAUUGCCAUUGCUCGUCUUCGUGGCUCUGAUCUAAAAGUGCUUGAAGUCACCGAAGAAAGCAUUGAUUUUGACCAAGGUGAACUGGCCGACCAGGAUGUGGAUCCAGUGCAUAACCUUAUUGAGCAGGAACUAGUUUCAAGCAUAAGAACAGUAAAAGACCGUUUUGAGAAGAGCACCUAUCAAAGCAAUAUGAAUUCUGUUAAAACCGAAGCAAGAAUAAACAUCAAAUUGAUGGUGAAACUUGGGGGAAUCAAAGGUGAAAUCCUUGAGGCCCUACAAAAAGUAUUUAUGUGACCAUACCCCCUAAGAACCAGGCAGUUCACAAAUGGGUAACUACUCCUAAAGAAGGGAUAAGACAGCUGUCAAGAUGAUGCCUACAGCAGCAGACUAUCCACAUUACUUGACAGCAAAGAGUUCACUUUGUUCCUUCCCUAAUUAAAGACAACUGACAACUGCAGAAACAACAGCCAACACUAUAGACAUCUCAGUUGGUUCAGGUUUUAUAAUUCUGACUGAAAAAUUAUUGUUGAGUAAACUUUCUGCUUGAUGGGUACCAAAACUGUUGCACCCAGAUCACUGAAGAGCAGAAUUUUCUAUGGAAAUUUCAAACAAGUAUAGAGAAGUAUUUCAUUGAAGAAUUUAACAAGAGAUGACACUUGGCUUUAUCAGUUUGAUCCUGAAGACAACGUAGAAUCCAAGCAAUGAUUACCAAGAGGUGGAAGUCCAGUCUAAGCAAAAGCAGACCAGUCAAAACGGUCAAAAGCAAAAGUAACUGGAAUUGCAUUUCUUAAUGGGAUGGGUAAAGUUGGGCCUUCCCUCCAAAUAGUUUGUACAUCAUGGAUGAGUAUUAGUUGUUCCUUAAAUGAGUCAGGUUCAGCAUCAAUUCUAUUCUUAUUUUUCAUUUUAUAGGCAUAAGUGCUGAGAAGUCUUUUUCAUAUAGAUUGAAAAAAUUUUUGCAAUAAAGAUGUCACUCAUUCUUCAAAUUUACGGGCAAAUAAGAACAAAUAUAGAACACUGGUCUGUGAUCAACAAUUACCUUAAAUGCCAAUUUGUCAAAAGCAGAGUUGUUCAUUUUCUCAGCACUUAUCUUAAUAUUUUAAAUUGUUCCUUGGAGCUCCACAGGUCUGUACACCUUUAGUAUAAUGCACCAUAGUAAGACUAGGACUGACUGAGAGAUGUAACAGAGGAAAAGGCUAACUAUAAGAGAGGGUAGGAAAGGAGAACAGGCACCUUCUCAUAUGGUUCAUCCUUAGAAGUUUUAGAAAAAGAAUAUACACAGAAGGUAACAUUCUGUGAAUUUUCUUUUAAAAGUAUACCUGCAUACUGUUUGGAAAGUCUUUGCUUAUACUGAGGGAAUGCACACCAGCAUUAACACUAUAGCUCCGAAAAGCUACUUCUUAUGUGACAAAUAAAUAAAUAAAUACUACCUUGAUUCCUUCUCCUUUAUAAUAAAAAAUCAGCAGCAACCUAAGUGUCCAUUAAUAACUUUUUGACCUAUGGAGGAGAAAACCAUGCCUGGGGAUGUUCAGCUUAGAAGUAGCAUUAUGAAGCUUAAAUUUGUUGAAAGGGUACCAGCAGGUGGUAUGGAAGUUAAGGCACUAGAUUCCACAUGGCUAGC